GGGAUUGCGACCCCGCAGCCCAGGCGGCCUGGCCCCUUCCCUGCCCCCGACUAAACCCUGGAUUGAUCCCGGCUGCGCCUGGCACGGCGCCACCCCCCACCCCCCACCGCGAAGCCAGCUCCUUUGCCAAGGCGGACAGGGGAGGGGGUGGGAGGAGGGAGGCAGGCACUGAGAGGCUUCGCUCUCCCUGCCUUUUUCUCAAUGAGAGCGCCUCGCUGAGCUUCGCGCGUCGGGGAGGAGGAGGAGGCGAGCGGGGCUGGCUGGAGGGGAAGGGCCGGCUGCGCCCCACGUCCCUUCGGCCGACCCUCAUGGAGGCAGCCCGGAGACGCGGCUGGCCCCGGUGCCUCCGGGCCACGCUGUGGCUCUGCUGCUUCCUCCCGGACUCGGGCAGCGGCACCUGGAGCCCCGCCGGCCUCCACUACCCCAGUCGAAGGAACUGGUGUUCAUACACUGUCACCAAGACGGUUUCCUGCCAUGUCCAGAAUGGCACCUAUCUUCAGAGAAUCUUUCAGAGCUGCCGGUGGCCCAUGGGUUGCACGGGUGGCAGUUAUCGAACAAUUGUCAGACCAACGUACAAGCAAGCGUACAAGACGGUCACAGCUCUGGAGUGGAAAUGCUGCCCAGGACACACAGGAGCAAACUGCGAAGCAGAGAGUGUCAGUUACCUGGAUACUCAGGAUGCUGGGCAUGGAAGUGCUCCUUUGCGUAGAUUACCUGUCCGACCUACAACCUAUUCAGGUUGCUUAAAUUGCAGCAAAAUGUCAGAGCUGUUUGAGCGCCUCAGUUUCUUGGAAACCAAGGUAGCAACCCUCUCAGCAGCUGAGUCUGUGACUUCCCUGGUACCUGGCAGACGACAAUCCUUUAAGGGAGAUGCCUCCGCAGACUCUCAAGCUCUGUGGGGCUCUCUGGCUGCUCAGGGGAGCCCAGGGGAUGAGAGCAUAAAAGCAGGUUUUCCAGGUCCCAGAGACAGACUGAGGACAACCAUUCCGGGACGGGAUGGAAGACUGGCCUCACAGGGGCCCCCAGGCCCAGCAGGUCCAAAAGGAGAUACUGGCAUCCGGGGGCCUUCUGGUAUUCCUGGUGUCAAGGGUCCUGCUGGACCACAAGGUCCUCCAGGCCCUCCGGGUCCUCCAGGAAAGGAUGGUGGAAGGGGCUUCCCUGGAGAGAAGGGCUUACCUGGCCUACCAGGUCCCCCCGGCCCACCAGGUCCACCAGCCCCAGUAGGGCCCAAGAUAUCACACAUCCCUGACCAAAGGGACCCUCUUCUGUCAAAUACUUUCAUUGAAACGGGUAUCACAGGGCCAGCUGGCCCUCCUGGCCUUCCAGGGCCAAUGGGUCCUCCAGGGCCAGCUGGGAAGGCAGGAUCACCAGGGCUUGAUGGAAUCCCCGGAAGGCCUGGAAUUGACGGAGCAGCUGGUAUCCCCGGGGAGAAAGGGGAGAGAGGACUACCUGGAUAUCCUGGCCACAGAGGUCUGGACGGAGAACGUGGUGAACAAGGCCCAAAAGGUGAACCAGGAGAGAAAGGCACCUGGGCCAUUAGCUUACAAAGCUUCCUAGAGCAGCAGGCCCAGCUGGAGCUCCUGGCUAGGAGGGUCACCUUGCUGGAAGCUAUCAUCUGGCCAGAGCCAGAACUGGGAUCGGGCAUUGGCCCUGCCUCUGCUAUCACCCCCAGCUACUACCGGGGGAAACGCGAUGAGAGUCUGGCAGCCUACAGGGUGACCUCGCAGCAGCAUGCCCAGAGGAAAGAGGAAGAGAAGAAAUGAAGCGCGACUGACUAGCUUGCCUGCUGAGUGCAGAAGGAAAGCGCAUUUGUGAUUGCAAAUGUGGCAUUCGACAUUUGGGGUGACCUCCAGCCCUCUGCCUGCUUUUGACCGUCCACAAGGAGAAGAAGCAGAAAGGGAUGCAUCACCACUGCGCCUAGGAGAAUACUUGCUUGCUAACAGCCCUGCUUCAUAUUUAUUUGGUCUGUUCCUUUUGUGCAAGGAGUCUGUAACCAAUCUGUUGUCGUGUGCCCGGCUUAACUGUUGCCAGAACCAAGUCUGUGUGCACCUUUUGUGAUUUCCCGGCCAUCCUGCAAGGGGAACUCUCCAUCCCUUGGUGCUAUUUUGCAGGGAUGUGUUUCCACCUUCCCUAGAUGCUGAUACUUUCCCGCCACUUUGGGAGUGGAUGUUGCCUUGCAAGUUCUUCUCUGAACUAGAACAGCAUGUCUCUGCCGCAGCCUCACAGCCCUCAUUGGCUCCUCCUGCCUGGUUGCUCCUCUUCCCCCAUAGCCUAGCCAAGGCAAGGGUAUGGGGGAAAGAACCUCCAGGCCUUUCCAGAUGAUUGGUUCAGGAUGCAAAGCAUGUACAAUGGUUAUCCAGUUCUUGUGGGAAUCCACAGCCAGACCAUCUAUGUAUCUGCCAGUCCAACCACAAUACUUUCUCACUGAGAAAAAAAAUUCACCACCUCAUUCCUUAUCCUCUUCUAUAUGGCUGGAGUGCCUUGCAGACUGAGUGUCAUAGGUACCUGUUGGUCAGGUGCGUAGCCAGGGAAAAUGGAGCCCGGGGAAGACUCCAAGUUUUCCACCCCGCCCCCCCAUGGGCCCCACCACACACACACGGUCCACCAGGCUGGCCGACAGGCCGAGGUUCAGCCAGGCCAGAAGAAUGGGGAGGGCGAUUUUCCAACCCCCGCACAUGACUCAACAGGGGCUGCCUGGGGCAGUUGUCCCCGGAUGACCCCGUUGUAGCUACGCCACUGCUGUUGGUUAGUACUUGUGAUUUCAGUGGUGUGAUCAGCAACACAUACCCAUGCCAUUUGGACCAUGACCCUGUUCGUCAUUUCCCUUCCCUCAGUUCAGGAGGUUGAGUAUUCCCUGUUGAACCACUCGACAGAAAGUGGUAAUGUGGGUUUUUUUUUUAAUUUGGGGGAAGGAUGAAACCAGCAGACUUUGCAAAGCAACCUCAUGCUACCUAGCACUGUGAACUUAUUUGUUUCCCCUCUUAAAAAAUAUGGUUUCUGUGCACUUCCAAUGCUCACCUACUCUGUUCAAAAAUCAAGAUGAAAGAAAAGAAACACACACACACAAAAGACAAGUGUAUCCCCAUAACCAUUUGCAGCAAAAUUUUACACACACACACAAUCCUUCCAUUGUUUGGACAGUAAGGCUUAUGAAGUAUACUCACCUGACUACCCUAGAUAAAUAAGGGUAACUCAUAUAAGGCUCUACGGUAGGGGAUAGUAAUCAUAGAGGGCACAGAAGCAGAGAUCCUUUGGGAGAUGAAGAUCCCCCUUUCAUAGGCCCGCACACGCAAAAUAAUGCGUUUUCAAACCACUUUCACAACUGUUUGCAAGUGGAUUUUGCCAUUCCGCACAGCUUCAAAGAGCACUGAAAGCAGUUUGAAAGUGCAUUAUUCUGCAUGUGCGGAAUGAGCCAUAGAUUCUGGGGGCUAAAGAACUGUUUUCAGCUAAGAUUUUCAGAAAUCUGUGCCAACUGUAAGAUGGGGAGGGGGGUUCCGUACAUGCCGGAAGACCACCAGUCUGCCCUCGUUCUCACGAUAGCCCCUUGAGACCUUUGCACAGCUGAACGGAAAAUGUGCCCUGCAGGCACUCUGGAGAGCGUGGAGAGAACAACUUUUGUAUCAUACACACUUUGGGAAUUCAGCAGAUGUGGGAACCAGUUCUAUCGAGGUCAAUAAAACAUCUCAAAACACUAA